CGCGGCUCUUCGCACUGAGACGGGAGCCGCUAGCUCUCGCUCCUGUCCCCUCCCGUCCACUGGCUGUCCCCGCGACCGUGCUCCUGUGGACGGCCCCUAUCGAUGGAGGGGACCCGGCCACCUUGUGGCGGCUGUGUGGAGAGCAGCUGAAGGAGCCCGGCCCUCGCUCUGACCCUGCGUCCAGGUGCCGCUGCCCUUGGAGCCAUGGAGUGUGCGGCUAACUUACAGCGGGUGCCCGGGGCGGUGCGGGAGGCGCCGGCCGCCGACCCCGCCUGCUGCCGCUCCGCCCUCGCUGUCGCCGUGGCCGGCAUGCUGGUUCUCACGCUGGCAGCCCUUCUGGCCCUCCUGCCCACGCAGCCCGUCCACGUGGAGCACAGUGCCGAGCUGCGGGGCCUCCGCUACGCCAGCUCGCUGCUGCGGGAGACCUCCCACUACUACCGCACCCUCACGCCGCUGCUGGAGUCGCUGUUCGUGAGCAGCUUCCGGGAGACGGAGCUGGAAGCCAGCUGCCUGGGCUGCUCGGUGCUCGGCUACCGGGCCGGGAACGCCAGUGUCCUGGUGCACUUCCGCCUGAGCUUCCUGCGCGGAGCCCUGGGGCCGCCCAGCCUGGACCUGGAGGAGCGUCUGCUGCAGCGGGGCCUCAGGGCCAGCCUGCGGGGGCGAGGCGUGCCGCUGGCCACCUACGGCACCAUCCUGUCGGCCGAGCUCACGGGGAGCCGCGGGGGACCUGUGGCCGUGACCGAAAGGGACCUGAAAUCAGGCCGCUGUCCCGGGAGCUCCUUCUCCUGCCGGAACCGCCAGUGUGUGGACAAGGUGAACGCCGAGUGCGACGGCACGGCCGACUGCUCGGACGCCUCGGACGAAGCCCACUGCGACUGCGGGCGGCAGCCGGCCUGGAGGACCGCGGGCAGGAUCGUGGGCGGCGUGGCGGCGGCCCCGGGGGAGCUGCCCUGGCAGGCCAGCCUGCGCGAGGACAAGGAGCACUUCUGCGGAGCCACCGUCAUCGGCGCCAGGUGGCUGGUGUCUGCCGCCCACUGCUUCAACGAAUUCCGGGACCCGUCAGAGUGGGUGGCCUUCACGGGCACCACCCACCUCAGUGGCUCGGAGGCCAGUGCUGUGCGCUCCCGGGUGGUCCGGAUCGCCAGGCACCCCUUCUACAACCCGGACACGGCCGACUUCGACGUCGCCGUCCUGGAGCUGGCCCGGCCCCUGCCCUUUGGCCGCUACAUCCAGCCCGCGUGCCUGCCGGCCACCAGCCACGUCUUCCCGCCCGGCAGGAAGUGCCUCGUCUCAGGCUGGGGCUACCUCAAGGAGGACUUCCUGGUCAAGCCAGAGGUGCUGCAGAAAGCCACUGUGGAGCUGCUGGACCAGGGCCUGUGUGCCGGCCUGUACGGCCACUCGCUCACGGACAGGAUGGUGUGUGCUGGCUACCUGGAUGGGAAGGUGGACUCCUGCCAGGGCGACUCGGGAGGCCCCCUGGUCUGUGAGGAGCCCUCCGGCAGGUUCUUUCUGGCUGGCAUCGUGAGCUGGGGAAUCGGUUGUGCUGAAGCCCGGCAUCCAGGGGUCUAUGCCCGGGUCACCAGGCUGCGGGACUGGAUCCUGGAGGCAAUCUCUGCGGCAAACAAGCCUCCCGCACCCACAGCAGCUUCUGUCCCCGCCGCCCCCAGCACCGCCUGGCUGACCAGCCCUGAGAGCCCUGCGGUCCACACCCCCACCAAGCCCACGCAGGCCACCAGCCCUGCACCCCUGGACUCGGCCACAGCUCCUAAACCACAAGAGUGCGGGGCCCGGCCUGCAAUGGAGAAGCCCACCCGAAUAGUGGGUGGACUUGGGGCUGCGUCUGGGGAGGUGCCCUGGCAGGUCAGCCUUAAGGAAGGUUCAAGGCACUUCUGCGGAGCCACGGUGGUGGGCGAUCGCUGGCUGCUGUCCGCCGCCCACUGCUUCAACCACACCAAGGCCGAGAGAGUGCAGGCCCACCUGGGCACCGCGUCGCUCCUGGGCGUGGGCGGGAGCCCCGUGAAGCUCGGGCUGCGCAGGGUGGCGCUGCAUCCCCGGUACAACCCGGGCAUCCUGGACUUCGACCUGGCGGUGCUGGAGCUGGCCCGCCCCCUGGUCUUCAACAAGUACAUCCAGCCCGUCUGCCUGCCCUUGGCCAUCCAGAAAUUCCCUGUGGGCCGCAAGUGCGUGAUCUCGGGCUGGGGCAACACGCAGGAAGGAAACGCCAGCAAGCCUGACGUUCUUCAGAAGGCGUCUGUGGGCAUCCUGGACCAGAAGGCUUGCAAUGUGCUCUACAACUUCUCCCUCACUGACCGCAUGCUCUGUGCUGGCUUUCUGGAAGGCAGAGUAGACUCCUGCCAGGGCGACUCCGGGGGUCCCCUGGCCUGCGAGGAGGCCCCGGGCGUGUUCUACCUGGCCGGGAUCGUGAGCUGGGGCGUGGGCUGCGCUCAGGCUCAGAGGCCUGGCGUGUACGCGCGGAUCACCAGGCUGAAGGGCUGGAUCCUGGACACCAUGUCCUCCGGCUCCCUCCCCACGCCUCCCCCCGCCACCACCAGGACGCUGGUCGCCUCCAGCCACUUCCCCAGGACGACAGCCAGCCUUGCGGUCCCAAGGGUCACCACCAGCAGACUCGCCACCCCCGGGGCCAGCAGCAGGGUGACCAUCCAGGCUUCCAACAUGACGGUAUCGGUCACAAGCUCAACCGCCAGGGGACAGACGCUACCUCCAGGCAGCCCAGAGUCCACCACGCGCUCCCAGCUGCCAGGCUGUGGCCUGCCGCCUGCUGAAGCGCUGGCCAGGAUCGUGGGUGGCAGUGCAGCGGGCCGUGGCGAAUGGCCGUGGCAGGUGAGCCUGCGGCUGCGGCGUAGGGAGCACCGCUGCGGAGCCGUGCUGGUGGCAGAGAGGUGGCUGCUGUCCGCUGCACACUGCUUUGAUGUCUACGGGGACCCCAAGCAGUGGGCCGCCUUCUUAGGCACGCCUUUCCUGAGCGGCGCCGAGGGCCAGCUGGAGCGCGUGGCACGCAUCCACAAGCACCCCUUCUACAACCGCUACACGCUGGACUACGACGUGGCGCUGCUCCAGUUGGCCGGGCCAGUGCGCCGCAGCCACCUGGUGCGGCCCAUCUGCCUGCCCGAGCCCGUGCCCGUGCCCUCGGUGGGCGCGCACUGCGUCAUCACCGGCUGGGGGUCCCUGCGUGAGGGAGGCUCCAUGGCGCGGCAGCUGCAGAAGGCAGCUGUGCGGCUUCUCAGCGAGCAGACGUGCCGCCGCUUCUACCCGGUGCAGAUCAGCAGCCGCAUGCUGUGCGCAGGCUUCCCGCAGGGCGGCGUGGACAGCUGCUCGGGUGAUGCUGGGGGACCCCUGGCCUGCAGGGAGGCCUCUGGCCGAUGGGUGCUGACCGGGGUCACCAGCUGGGGCUACGGCUGUGGCAGACCGCACUUCCCAGGUGUCUACACUCGGGUGGCUGCUGUGAGAGGCUGGAUAGGACAGAACAUCGAGGAGUGACCCCCGUGUGACUGUCCGGCACAGGACUGAAGACAGGGAGGAGGGACCACUGCCACUCAGUGGGGACUAGAGGCGGUGGGCAGCCAGUGAAGGGAGGAAGGGCAUCGGGGGCAGCUGGACUGUGUACUUGGCUCCAAUAAACACAGCC